AUGGCGUCCACGGCGUACGCGCGGGGGUCCAAGCCGCCGGUCGGUCCCGGCGAGCGGAGGCAGCCGCGGCUGGCCAAGGAGCUGAGCAGGAUCGAGCCCAAGAAGCUCGGGAUUGGGCUCGUCGCCGGCUGCUGCCUCGCCCUCCUCACCUACAUCUCCUUCGCCCGCCUCUUCGCCAUCUACUCGCCGGUCUUCGAGAGCACGUCCAUGGUGAUGAAGAACGCCCCGCCCGCCUCCACGGCGGUGCCCAGCACGGAGGAGGCCGUGCCGGUCCAGAAGAAGAUCGAAGUCGAGGGCGGGGAAGAUCUCGCUGGAGGCGGCACGGAGCCGAAAGAGCCCGGCUUUCCACAAGAAACAAAGAUCGAAGAAAAGGAGGAGGAGACCCCAGCGGAGACAAAAAGCACCCAAAAAGAGGAGACCGCGGUAACCAAGCCAGAUGGUGCCGAUAAAACAGAAGAGGCCAAGGCCAAGAUGACCUGCGACGAGAACGCCGUGGACGAGGGCUUCCCCUACGCGCGCCCGUCCGUGUGCGAGCUCACCGGCGACGUCCGUGUCAGCCCCAAGGAGAAGACCAUGUUCUUCGUAAACCCGUCCGGCGCCGGCCCGUUCGACGACAACGGGGAGAAGAAGAUCCGGCCGUACGCCCGAAAGGACACCUUCCUUCUCCCGGGCGUCGUGGAGGUCACCAUCAAGUCCGUGGCGUCGCCCGUGUCCGCGCCGGCGUGCGCCCGGCGGCACGACGUCCCCGCGGUGGUCUUCUCCACGGCCGGCUACACGGACAACUUCUUCCACGACAACACGGACGUGAUGAUCCCGCUCUUCCUCUCCACGGCGCACUUCGCCGGCGAGGUGCAGUUCCUCAUCACCAACUACAAGCCGUGGUGGGUAACCAAGUUCGCGCCGCUGCUCAAGAAGCUGUCCAACUACGAGGUGAUCAACUUCGACAAGGAGGAGGAGGUGCACUGCUUCCCCGGAGGCCAGCUCGGGCUGUACCGCGACCGCGACCUCAUCAUCGGCCCGCACCCGACCCGCAACCCGCACAACUACACCAUGGUGGACUACAACCGGUUCCUCCGCCGCGCGUUCGGCCUGCCGCGGGACGCCCCGGCGGUGCUCGGCGAGAAGAUGGCCGUCAGGCCCAAGAUGCUCAUGAUCGAGCGCAAGGGCACGCGCAAGCUGCUCAACCUGCGCGCCGUGCAGGCCCUCUGCGAGGAGCUCGGCUUCGAGGUGACCGUGGCGGAGGCUGGCGCCGACGUGCGCGCCUUCGCCGAGACGGUCAACGCCGCCGACGUGCUCCUGGCGGUGCACGGCGCCGGGCUGACCAACCAGAUCUUCCUGCCCACCGGCGCCGUGCUGGUGCAGAUCGUGCCGUGGGGCAAGAUGGACUGGAUGGCCACCAACUUCUACGGGCAGCCGGCGCGCGACAUGCAGCUCCGGUACGUCGAGUACUACGUGUCCGAGGAGGAGACGACGCUCAAGGACAAGUACUCCCGCGACCACUACGUCUUCAAGAACCCCAUGCAGAUCCACGCGCAGGGUUGGCCGGCGCUCGCCGAGAUCAUCAUGAAGCAGGACGUCAUGGUCAACGUCACCAGAUUCAAGCCCUUCCUCCUCAAGGCGCUCGACCAGCUGCAGGAUUAG